AUUCAAAACUUAAGAGGAAAGGUAGGCUUUGUUAAUAUAUACAAUUGAUCUGAAAAGUUAACAUGUACAUGUAUAAAUAUAAAAAAAUAUUAAAAUUUGUUUGAAAGAUAUGGGAGCUCUCGCGUGUGAUCGAAACGUAUUGGGUAUAUCUUUAUGCGAUUUGGCCGGCAGUCGGAUAUACCAUUUAAGAUCGAUGCUUAAUCCUGUGUAGUUUAAAAUAAAUCCAUUAAAAUGCACCCACUCGUCUUAAUGUUUCGUAGAAACAAUGAUCCGUAUACGACUAGCAGUUCCGGGCCCGGAAAAUACCAGUUGGAAGCUGCCUCCGGAAGUUUCUUCCCAGAUAUGAUCGACUUUGUGGCAGGACUCUUCGGUGGAGCGGCUGGUGUUGUGGUUGGCCAUCCUUUCGAUACGGUCAAAGUUCACAUGCAAACCGAUGAUCCCAAGAAUCCGAAAUAUAGGGGGACCUUUCACUGUUUAAGAGUGAUAUUGCGAAGAGACGGUAUAAGAGGAAUAUACCGUGGAAUAAGCAGUCCUAUGGCUGGCAUAGGAUUGGUUAAUGCUAUUGUUUUUGGGGUCUACGGCAAUGUACAAAAAUACUCCAAUGAUCCGAACUCGUUAAUGACCCAUUUCUAUGCCGGCUCCAUAGCCGGCAUAUGCCAAUCAUUCGUUUGUUCGCCCAUGGAGCUAGCGAAGACAAGGCUCCAGUUAUCGAAGCAAAUUGACAGUGGAAUCAAAUUCUCGGGACCUGUCCAUUGCCUCCGACACAUAUUUAAAACCGAAGGCAUUCGAGGUACAUUUAAGGGAUUGGUCGCAACGAUUCUCAGGGAUAUUCCAGGAUUUGCUGGCUAUUUCGUAAGCUAUGAGUAUAUGAUGCGACUUCAAACCAAUCCGGGAGUGCCGUAUGUACUAUUGGCCGGAGGUUUUGCGGGAAUUGCAUCAUGGAUAGCCUGUUAUCCUCUCGACGUGGUGAAGACACACAUGCAAGCCGAUGCGCUGGGAAAGGAAGCCAAAUACACCGGAUUCAUAGACUGUGCCGUCAAAGGAUAUAAGAACGAGGGGAUUCAAUACUUCUUUCGUGGACUAAACUCAACUCUAAUCCGAGCAUUUCCCAUGAAUGCCGCCUGCUUUUUCGUUGUCGGCUGGGUAUUGGACUUUUGGCAUGCCAAUUCUGGCAUGAAAUCAAUGAAGCACAGCGAGAAGUCUCUAACCCUAAUGAAUCUAGACAACAAGGCGCAGGCGGAUCUCGACAUUGUUGCUCCAACAGUCGAGGAAGCUGUUCGAAAAUUGAUCACAGAAAAUUCCUUUCCAUAUCAGUCGGGCUCACCACCACAGGAUGUCGUUCACAACCGUUUUCCCAGUAACACCAUUAACAUCCCGAAAGAAUCUAAAAACUGUAUGGCAAACGAUUGUAAUAUUAAAUGAAAUAAAAUUUUUGUAUUUUUAUAA